AUGGCAGGAGCUGGAGGCGACAUGCAGUGGUGCUUCUCUCAGGUGAAAGGGGCCAUUGACGACGACGUAGCCGAAGCGGACAUCAUCUCCACGGUGGAGUUCAACCACACAGGGGAGCUGCUGGCCACUGGGGACAAGGGCGGACGAGUGGUCAUCUUCCAGCAGGAGACGGAGAAUAAAAACCCGCCUCAGUUCCGGAGCGAGUACAACGUUUACAGCACUUUCCAGAGCCAUGAACCCGAGUUUGACUACUUGAAGAGUUUGGAGAUCGAGGAGAAGAUCAACAAAAUCCGCUGGCUUCCGCAGAAGAAUGCCGCCCAGUUCUUGUUGUCCACUAAUGAUAAGACGAUUAAACUGUGGAAGAUCAGCGAACGGGACAAGCGGCCCGAAGGCUACAACCUGAAGGAGGAGGACGGACGCUACAAAGACCCCAACUCCAUCACCAAACUGCAGGUACCGGUGUUGAUACCGAUGGACCUGAUGGUGGAGGCCAGUCCCAGGAGGGUGUUUGCCAACGCGCACACUUACCACAUCAACUCCAUCUCCGUGAACAGCGACAACGAGACGUAUCUGUCCGCGGACGACCUGCGCAUCAACCUGUGGAACCUGGAGAUCACCGACCGCAGCUUCAACAUCGUGGACAUAAAGCCGGCGAACAUGGAGGAGCUGACGGAGGUGAUCACGGCCGCGGAGUUCCACCCGCAUCAGUGCAACACGUUUGUCUACAGCAGCAGCAAAGGCACCAUCCGCAUGUGCGACAUGAGGGCCUCUGCGCUCUGCGACAGACACACCAAACUGUUCGAGGAGCCGGAGGACCCCAGCAAUCGCUCCUUCUUCUCUGAGAUCAUCUCCUCCAUCUCAGACGUGAAGUUCAGCCACAACGGCCGAUACAUGAUGACCCGCGACUAUCUGUCCGUGAAGAUCUGGGACCUGAACAUGGAGAGCCGACCGGUGGAGACGUACCAGGUGCACGAGUACCUGAGGAGCAAGCUGUGCUCGCUCUACGAGAACGACUGCAUCUUUGACAAAUUUGAGUGCUGCUGGAACGGAGACGACAGCGUGGUGAUGACCGGUUCCUACAACAACUUCUUCCGGAUGUUUGAGCGCGGCCACCGGCGGGACGUGACCCUGGAGGCGUCGCGCGAGAACAGCAAACCGCUGCAAGUGCUGAAGCCGCGCAAAGUUUGCGCCGGCGGAAAGCGCAAGAAAGACGAGAUCAGCGUGGACAGUUUGGACUUCAACAAGAAGAUCCUCCACACCGCCUGGCACCCGCAAGACAACAUCAUUGCCGUGGCCACGACCAACAACCUGUACAUAUUCCAGGACAAGGUCAUUUAA